AUGACUCCAAGCACGGCAACCCCCGGCACGCGACCCAAAAGCAACCCAAAGCAAGGCCUGGAGUCGUCCUACGAGAUCCUCACCUGCACCAUCAAGGCGCCCCCCUUUUCCUACGCCCACCUGGAACUGUACACGGACCGAGGACCCGAUGACAACGGCGGCGCCGCGGAGCUGGACAACCUCCAGGUCAGGUCGUACUGCACGGCGGCCCUGCGGCAAUUCCUGGGCCUAACGGGCGUGGCCAUCUCCGUGGACAUUCUCAAGGUCGAGGGCAGCGAGUGCUGGGUGCGGGUCCCGCGCCCGCAUCUUGGCUCCUUCGCCGCCGCCAUCACCGCGUGGAAGGGCACUAGCGAGGGCGGCACGCACUCUGAUGGAUCUAAACUCUGGAGUUGUUGCGCGCAAGUCUAG